UAGAGGAACAUCACGCAGAUGCUCUUUUGGCACAGGACGAAAUGCGUGGUACUGUUGUCGUUGUUGUCCGUAAAGAACAGGUUUACGCUGUUUUGGAGUAUCUGAAAACAGAUCCUGAACUCGCCUAUACCUUUCUCGUUGAUGCUACUGCCGUCGACAAUUCACAGAUGGAAUCCGAAUUGAUGCAGUUUGACUAUGCGAGGUUUAUGGUAGUCUAUCAGCUUUAUUCCUAUCAGGGACAGUGUCGUGUCCGAGUAAAAGUGCCUGUCCAUGAAAACGACCUGAGUAUUCCAUCUGUUACCGCAUUGUGGAAAGGUGCGAACUGGUUAGAGCGUGAAACUUAUGACAUGUUCGGAAUUAAUUUUGAGGGACACCCCGAUCUUCACCGGAUCUUGAUGCCGGACGAUUUUGAAGGACACCCGCUCCGAAAGGAUUAUCCACUCCGCGGACGUGGCGAGCGCGAACGCUUUAAUUUUGAUAAACAGAAUGCCUAAAACAAAAUAGCCGUCAGCAAAGAAGCCGUCAGCCGUCAGUGAGAAUAGCGGUCAGCGGUCAGCAAGAGGGUGUAACUUCGACAGAAAGCCUCUUAACUGAAAGUCGACGGCUGAUGGCUGAUAGCUAAUACGCCGACAGCCGAUAGCCCAAAAAAAGGAGUAUUUUAUGCAAGGUGGGCUGAAACGCGCCACAGGUGAGAAGAUGAUUCUCAACUUCGGUCCGCAACAUCCGGCAACGCACGGCACCCUGCGCAUUGUGUUAGAACUUGAUGGCGAAUCCGUUUUGAAGGCGACACCCCAUGCAGGCUACCUGCAUACCGGGUUUGAGAAACUUGGUGAACACUUGGAUUACAACCAGUACAUUGUUGUAACCGACCGGAUGAACUAUCUAUCGCCGUUGUCUAACAAUUUCGGAUAUGUGCUUGCUGUUGAGCAGUUGCUCGACAUUGAAGUCCCAAAACGGUGUCAAUACAUCCGUAUUUUGAUGGCGGAGCUCUCACGACUCGCAGAUCACCUAUUAUGGUUGGGAACUGCUGCGCUGGACUUAGGGGCAUUCUCUGUAUUCCUCUAUAGUUUCCGCGAACGCGAGAAGUUGUAUAGUAUCUUUGAAAAGACGACCGGAGCACGGUUGACGACCAGUUACACGCGCGUUGGCGGUGUACUUCGCGACCUCUAUGCUGGGUGUGAAGAAGAUGUACGGCAAUUCGUCAGCGACUUCCCGAAGGCGUUGAAGGAGACUCAUACGCUGCUCACACGGAACCGUAUCUGGAUGGAUCGGACAAAAGGUCCCUGCCUUCGAGCCACCGGCGUAGCACAUGAUAUACGCAAGGCUGAACCGUAUUCCAGUUACGAUGAAGUCACAUUUGAUGUGCCAGUUGGAACCAACGGUGAUGCCUACGACCGCUACCUCGUCCGGAUGGAGGAGAUGAUUCAGAGUUGUGGCAUCGUUACCCAAGUACUGGAUAAUAUGCCUGAUGGACCGGUCAACGUCGAAGAUAACAAGAUUACGAUGCCGGAUAAGUCCGAUGCUUAUGGGCAUAUUGAAGGCUUAAUCCAUCAUUUUAAGGUUGUUAUGGACGGACACGGCGUGGAAACCCCAAAGGGUGAGCAUUAUUGUGCAACCGAAUCACCGAACGGGGAACUCGGAUUUUAUAUUGUGAGUGAUGGCAGCGGGACCGCUUAUCGCAUCCGCAUCCGUCCACCGAGUUUCUUUCACUUCCAAGCACUGCCGCAAAUGUUAGAAGGUGGGAUGGUUUCUGAUACCGUGGCUGUUUUGGGAAGUCUGAAUGUUGUUGCCGGGGAGUUGGAUCGCUAA